AUGUCCUCCACCCCCUCAUUACGAAGACGCAACGGCGUACUAGCCCUAUCCGCAGCUGCCCUUGUGACCACCUUCCUCCUAUACCUCCUCUUUCAUGACUCGCCUCUGUAUCCGCUUGACAAGGUCGACCUCACACUUCGCUUUCCUACGCUUUCCUCCGCUUUUCGCUCCUCUUCAACGCUCCCAUGGACGCGCCCAAUCUUGCCAGACUACUGCUCUCCCGGAUCUCCAGAAGAUUUCUGGAGCACAAGGUAUACAGAGGAGAACUUGAGCAUGGCGCGCUCGUAUAGUGGGAGCGGGACAAGGUUUAGACACCUGGUGGAGAAGGCGAUGCGAGGUGAGCCGGUGAAGAUGGGUGUGAUUGGCGGGUCUGUAUCAAGAGGUCGCAAUUCUGGGACACUUGGCCCUUAUCAUCAACGAAUAUUCCGUUUUUGGAACACAACUUUCUUCCCUCAUCCAGAGAAUUGGCUGGCAGAUGGCUCCCGUCCCGCCACGGGCAGCAGCUAUUUUAGCAUGUGCUGGGGUGAACAUAUCCCCCAAGAUGUGGAGCUAGUGUUUGUCGAGCUCUCGAUCAACGAUUACAGGACCACAGAAGCAGCAAGCAUCUGGGAAACCCUCGUCCGUUCGUUACUCGAGCUUCCUACAAAACCCACUGUCAUCGCAAUCAACUCAUUCGCACUACACGGGCGUAAUGGCAUCCGAAAUCCCACCCUUCCGUACCUACUCGCCAAUCCAGCACUGGAGGCUAGCUUGUUCGGUAGCGAAAAUGGGAUCGACCCCAAGCACAUCAACGAUGUGGGGCACCAGAUGGUGGCGGAUUUCACAACACAUUGGAUGAGGGACGAGAUCUGUAGGGUCAUGUCGGAGAGGGAUGUUCCUCCAGGCAGCGUAAGGAAAGUUGAAGACAAUUGGUGGACAGAACCCAUUGAUCUUGGUGCGGUUCCUCAUCUGCGAAUGACAGAACAGUGGCGGAAAGUGAACGACACAAUCCCGUCCCUUCAUCCAACAUGCAAGAGCACGAGUUCUCGACCUCCCCUGCAGCCGUCUAAAGGGGAGGAAUGGUACUUUGAAGAAGCGCCCGGUGACAAAUUCUACUGGAGUGCGAGCAAGCCCGGGGCAAAGAUCACGUUCGGGUUGGAUAUUGCGGAGGGAAGAGUUGGGAUGUUCUUUCUCAGGAGUAGGAAACAGUGGCUGGGGAACGUCAAGUGUUGGCUCGACGACAACGUGAAAGCUAGCAAGCUUGUAGAAGGGUGGUGGAAUAAAGACGAGAGCGUCAGCGACUAUGUGGCGUUGUGGAGCAAUGUUGCUUCGGGCAAACACAAUUUGACGUGCGAAGUCCAAACCACGACCAAAGAUCCAGGUGGUGGUCACGCUUUCAAGAUUAUCGGGCUCGCGACUGUGUAG